AUGGAAGAUAAACCUGAGCAAAAUCAAGUACCAGUAACAAGUGAAAAGAAGAAGGACCCAAAAAGAGUAGCUGCGGGAAAACGACUGGAAGCAAUCAGUAGAAUAGCAAAGGAAAGGAAGAAGAAACAGGUGGAAUCCAACGAGUCAUCUAGUAAUGAUAGUAUGAUUACCUACAUAGGAGUGGCCAUUGCAUUGAUAUCCCUUGUGCUAGCAUAUAAAACACAUUAGAGGGAAACUAGGGAACCAGAACUUGAGUACAUCCCUAUAACUGUAGAAGUAACUAGGAAAGCUGAUGAGUCCAAGUUAGAUUCACUUGAAUGAUACAUUAAACAUACCAUAUAUUAUAACAAGAUGAGUAAGGUAAACGCAGUUGAUAAAUCUGAGAUGGGAGGUGAAGUGUACGAUGCAUUACUACUUACAGCCGGAGCAAUCGGAAUCUCAAUGGCAUCUAAAAAGUUGCUGAAGGAACCACUAGGUACACCGGAGAACACAAAGGGAAUGUUAAAAUUAGCUGUCUCUCUUAGUCUUUCAUCCCUACUGGUGUCGUAUCUAAAGAAACAUAAGUAUAUCCCUGAUAAUCCAAUUAAAACCUAA